UCUACAGCAGCUACGCCUUGCUCUCUGCUAUUCUCUCACUGCCUGUCUCUCCUCUGGGUUGUCAUGCACAAACAAACUCCUAACUAUGAUAUAUUUCCUUUGAUUAUGACCACUGUCCAUGGUGCUGAAAAGAAAAUGGUCUCGUUUCCCAGCCCAAGAGUACUUUGUCUGUUUUUGGGGAAUAUUUAGGAAGUGGGUUUUUGAUAUGGGUCUCAGAAUAUUCCAAAUUCUAACCAACUGAAUGAUAAGUUCGAAGACGUUACAGUGUUUCUGUUGAGUUGUUUGAGCAAUAUACAGCUAGUCGUAAUCAUACUGAACUACUUUUGUCAUUAGAGGGAAAGGCUGUGCUGCUUCUUGAUGAUGCUGUAUAUGGUGCUGAAACGCAUGAUUGUGUCAAACAGACAUGUAAUGUUAAAGAAAAAAAAGUAUUUAAAUUAUGAAUUAAUAGCUGUCUUUCUAAAAGAAUGCAUGACUUCAAACUGUUUGUGUUAAAAAUAGUGCAGUUUGUUAAUUACCUCUGGGUGUCACUAUUACAUCGGUAAACCAUUGACGGGUUUCUCCCUCCCCUUUCAAGGCUUUUGUUUUCUACUGAACAGCUAAGAAGGUUUUUGAAUCAAGCACACGAGCCGAUGGAGUCACGCAUUGGUUUUUGAAAAUGUGCGAUCUUGAGAGAGUUGGAUAUAAAUAAUUGUUUGUUGAAGUAACAACCUCCCGUAUGUAUAUGUGUUGUUGGAUAACGAUGGGGAUCGAUUCAAAAUCUCGGACAAAGGACUGCUCCUGGUUGGCUUUUUAUUUGGUUCUACUGCUGUUCGGAAAACAGGCUUUGGCUCAGAUACGGUACUCUAUUCCCGAGGAGGUACAAGAGGGAACUGUUGUUGGAAAUGUUGCGAAGGAUCUUGGCCUUGACAUCACCUCUUUGAUUGCUCGACGGUUCCGUGUUGUAUCUGGAAGUAAGGACGCUAUUUUUGAGGUAAACCAGAAUAAUGGGGCUUUGUACGUCGACAAGCACAUUGACAGAGAGGAGCUCUGUCAAGGCAGCGGUGCAUGCCUGAUGGAGCUAAAGAUCCUCGUUGAAACCCCUUUGGAAAUACACUAUGUGCUUGUAGAAAUUACUGAUGUAAAUGAUCACUCUCCUAGUUUUCCUGAAAGGGAACAGAUAUUUGAAAUAGCUGAGCAUACAUUGCCGGGAAGGCGAUUUCAACUGCACACUGCUCGUGAUCCCGAUGCUGGAAGUAACUCUAUCCGUACAUACACUUUGACGUCAAAUAACCACUUUGAAGUAGACAUCCGUCAAAGUGAUGAGGACAAAAUACCAUUUGUAGUGCUGAAGAAAUCGUUAGAUAGAGAAGAAAAGAACAAACACACGCUACUGGUUACAGCAGUUGAUGGAGGUAAACCUCCAAAAUCCGGGACACUAAAUGUUUCUAUUAUUGUUCUUGACAUUAAUGAUAAUCGUCCACUAUUUAGUCAGGAUACUUUUCAAAUAGACAUAUAUGAAAAUGCUCCAUUCGGUACCUCAAUAUUUAAAAUGAAUGCUACGGAUCCUGAUGAAGGCACAAAUGGGGAAAUUGAAUACAGCCUUGGAAAAACCAUGAAGCAAAAAAUCUAUGAAAUGUUUGAGUUGGACAAAAUAACUGGAGAGAUUAGAAUUAAAGGAGUUGUGGACUAUGAAGAAAACGAGGUUUAUAAACUCGAUGUUGAGGCAUCAGAUAAAGCAACACCGCCAUUAACGGGUGAGUGUAGGGUCGUUAUAAAAAUAAUAGAUGUCAACGACAAUCCACCAGAGAUAGAAGUAACAUCACUGUCAAAUACAGUAUCUGAAGACUCAAAGCCUGGAACAGUUAUUUCACUUAUUAGUGUAACGGAUAGAGACUCCGGUGUCAAUGGAAAAAUAAUAUCAAGCAUAACCUCAGACGUUCCUUUUGAAUUAAAACCUUCUUAUAAGGAAAACAUAUAUUCAGUUGUCACGAAGGGAUUUUUGGAUCGAGAGGAGGUGUCACAUUAUGAAAUAACAAUAAAAACCAUCGAUUGUGGUGAACCUCCCUUAUCUAGUGUCAAAACACUGAGUAUUCAGAUAUCGGAUGUAAACGACAACAGCCCACAUUUUCAGCAAGCCCCUUUAGAGUUUUAUCUUGUAGAAAAUAACGUUGCCGGAAAUUCAAUUUUCUCUGUUAGCGCAACGGACAAAGACGUGAAUGACAAUGCAGCUGUGUCAUAUCAUAUAGUGAGAGAAGGUAGUCAAAAUGACAUCAUGUCUUUUCUAAAUAUAAAUUCUGAUAACGGUUACAUUUCAGCACUAAAAAGUUUUGACUUUGAAAUUCUGAAAACGUUCCAGUUCCAAGUUGUUGCCACAGAUUCUGGA